CAUAGCUGUCUUGCACAAUCACCCUCCGACUCUUGUGGCUCUCCUAUCUUUGAACUGACUCAGUGACUGCGACAACGAUGCCACUCGUCUUUCCCUCCCCGCCGAUCUCGCUGUCGACCGCCCACGCGUUCACCGCCUUCUUCACCUUCUCGUACGUCGGCUCGCUCUACGCCACGAAGAAUGCGCGGCUCUCAUUCAAGACUGGCGUGUCCCACAAUGUCCGCGACGGAGAAGAGAGGGCGAAGGAUAGCGACGAGCGGUGGAGGAACGACCCAGAAGUGAUUCGCGCGAGGCUCCUGGCGGCAAGCUUGAGCACGCUGGGGAGCGUGCUCGCCGUGUACUUGCUCGUGCAGGGCAUUACUCCGGCGGCUGAGAAGAGCAAGAACCCCACGGUCGCCCUAGAGUCUACGCUUGCUCGCCUCGGCAUCACCCUAACUUUUGCCCGGAACAGCGACCUCUACAUCAUCUCACCUUGUUUAGUGGCUCCAGUGCUGUACCUUGGACCUCUCUAUGCCGCAUAUCUUUCCGAAAGGCUCCCCUUCCAACGGCGAUGGAGUUUCAGUGAGGACUUCCUGCCAACAUUCACUUCAUUGAUUGGGAUUCGGAACUAUGUGGUGGGUCCCGUCACCGAGGAAGUCGUCUUCCGAGCUUGUGUCUUGGCGGUCUAUCAUAUGGCGGGCGCGUCCCGCAAUAAGAUGAUCUUCCUUUCCCCGCUGGUAUUCGGAUUCGCGCACCUCCACCACGCCUGGGACACUUACAAUCGUUACGGGCGUACGGCCUCCGCUUUGCGGAUCGCCGCCAUGCAAACUCUGUUCCAGCUCGCGUACACGAGUCUCUUCGGCUUCCACUGUGCGUUCCUGUUCCUCCGCACAGGCUCCCUCCUGCCGCCCACGGUAUCCCACAUCUUCUGCAACGUCAUGGGCCUCCCGCAAUACGGCUUUCACGUCAGGAUGCUCCCAAACCGGCGCCGCGCUAUCCAAAUCGCGUACCUGAUUGGGAUCGCGGGAUAUGUUUACACGAUGCGUUGGUGGACACGGGCGGACGAUAGUCUAUUUUGGCCUGCGAUAGGCGAGCCCGGGCGGUUUUGAGCCAUUGGGUCGGUGGAACGUCAAUGGGGCUCUCGGACUUGUGCGAGCGCACCAAGCUCCAGGAUGGACGAGCGCGCAUCGCCCGAUAGGAGACAGGAUGGAAGGAGGUGGAACCGAUAGCGGGGAUGCGCGAUGGACGAUCCGAGUAACCAAGAUCCCAGCGCGCAGGAAGAACGUCGCACUGCUAUCUACCAUCGAAUGUUCCAAAUUAGGGACUAGCGGCACACGUUGAGAGCGGCGAGAGGGAUCGCUGGACGGUCAGAAAGGCAUACGCAAGCCUUUUGCCUUUCAUUUCCCAGCAGCAUCUCCCACCAUCGGCGGUUCUCGUCCCCCACCGCCCAUCAUACUCGUCCCUCGUAUGUGCAUAGUGCGAAUCGUGACCGAAAUACACCACCACCGCCACUUAGCACGUACGUUCUCCGCGCACCCACCGAGGCCGAUCGACUUCACCCCAGCAGUCCAGAUACGCUUGGGCGACAGGGCGAACACGAGGCCUUCGCGUGUCCCGCAGCUGCACAGCUUCGGGCGCGUCUGGCUCACAAAGCGCAAAGAACGUUUACCGCCAAACACUCCUUCGCGCCUGUGCCAUCCGCACGUCCGCCUAACCAAACCCGUGAUCGUCUCGGUUUGCUCCCGCGUCGCCGUUCCGGGGUCUUUCGGCGAUCGGGCCUAGACGGGCGCGAGCGCUUCGAGGCGGGCAGGCAGGGCGGAGCGGCGUUUGGUUUGCCUUCGCGGGCGCCUGCGGGAACUUCCUGGAUUCGAGGCGCACACGGAGCAGGAACCGUGGACCGUGGCCUUCGCCGCGCGGAGCUA